AUGAGCCCUGAUAGAGAAAAGCCAGAAUCCACACAGGAGAAGCUAAUUAUCUCUAAUGAACGUCCUUGGAAACCCUGGCAGCCUGCUCGAUCAUGGAUUAGAGGGUGUGUGGUGAGGGUUCAAACUGCACUGCUAUUUCUGGCUGGACUUGAGUGGUACUACUACGCCGCUCUGGGAGUUCUUGCUGCUCUCAUGAGCUUCUGUAUGGAUCUGACUGUGGCCAAACUUCUGCGAGCCCACCAGUGGUUGUACAGUCGUUUGGAGGGUAACCUCCUGCUGCAGUUCCUGUGCUGGACGUUGUACCCAGCCUGUCUCUGUGCCCUCUCGACUAGUUUCUCUCACAGCAUCUGUCCUCAGUCUGCAGGUUCAGGUGUCCCUGAGAUUAGGACCAUCCUCUCAGGUGUGGAGUUGCCAGACUACCUAUCAGUAUCUAAUCUAUUUGCCAAACUUGUAGGCCUUACCUGUUUACUAUCUGCCGGUAGCACAGUGUUCCUUGGAAAAGUGGGUCCAUUUGUCCAUCUCUCAAAUAUGUUGGGAGCGUACUUGUACCGUCUGUAUGCCUCAGUUUGCGAUGAAAAGAAGAGGAGACCUCAAGGAGAAAUGCUGGUUGUGGCAUCAGCAGUGGGUGUAGCCAGUGUUUUUGGGGCUCCAAUCAGUGGAGUGCUUUUCAGUAUUGAAGUAAUGGGCAGUCACUAUUCAGUGCGUGAUUACUGCCCAUGCUUUUUCGCUGCAGUCUGCGGUGCGUUCACUUUCCGUCUCCUCUCGGUGUGCAGUGGAGAACAAGAAACAGUCCAAGCUGUAUUCAAGACCCGUUUUCCCAGUGAGAUUCCUUAUCAACCAGCAGAAAUAUCAUUUUUUGCUCUCUUAGGACUGCUGUGUGGAGCUGUGAGCUGUGUUUAUUUAUUCUGUCAUCGGUGGAUUCUACGCUUCGUCAGAACACAAAAGACGAUCAGCAGCUUUUUGGCGACAGAGAAAGCAUUGUAUUCAGCAAUCGUAGCAUUUCUCUUGGCCUCAGUGACCUUCCCUCACAGUGCAGGAGCUCUCAUCGCUUCUCAGCUCUCAAUGAGGCAGCUGCUCUCCUCCUUGCUAGAAAGUACUAAAUGGAACUCCAUUUCCCACAAUGCCACAGUACUGCAGGAAUCUUUUGCACAGGAAUGGAGUCCAUCUGGAGUUAGCAUUUUUUACACUCUUGGAUGCUUCAUUUUCCUGAAGCUCUGGCUGCUGGUCCUGGCCUGCACCUUACCCCUGCCUGCUGGCUAUUUCAUGCCUGUCUUUAUUUUCGGUGCCGCUCUAGGGCGUUUGCUAGGUGAAGGAUUGGCCUUUCUGUUCCCAGAUGGAAUCUCACCAGGGGAGAGUGUAAUAAACCCAGGAGGCUACGCAUUAGUGGGGGCAGCAGCAUUUGCAGGUGCAGUAACACAUACUCUCUCACCUGCCCUCUGUGCUCUGGAGUUGACCGGUCAGUCCACUCAUGUUGUGCCAAUUCUGGUGGCCACGUUGAUAUCCAAUUCGAUAUCACGUGCAAGGCAUCAGCCGUCAUUCUACGAUGGAAUAUCACUCAUUAAGAGACUUCCACACCUGCCAUCUCUAAUCAGGGCCUGUCCAAAGCUGUCCCUGGUGCAGAUCAGGCAAUUUGUGGUGCCAGCAGGGGCCGUGUUACAGCGAGGUGAGGGAGUGACAGGAGUGCAGCAUGUCCUGGACUCCAGCAAAGAAACUGAAUUCCCUGUUGUGGACUCCAAUAACUCUCCAAUCCUGAUAGGAACUGUCACAAGAGCACAACUGCAGGAUUUCCUUCUGAAAAGCCAAAACAAGGGUUUUUGCCAAAGUCUUGAGGAUGUUUGUACUAUUCAGCCUGUAAGGCUACACAUUUCUACUGAAACUACAGUAAAGCAGGCUCACAGCAUCAUGAGUGUUGUGAGAGAGCAGCGACUGUUUGUAACAGAGAACGGAAAGCUGUGUGGUGUCGUCACCUGGAGAGAGAUGAAGAACAUGAUCGAGGAGCUGGCCAAAGAAAUCUGAUGCAGCUGGAUUAAUGAACACGAUUUGGUUUUUAUAUAUGCUAACGUUUACCAGCCAGCUGACUAAUUUGUGCUAAUUUGUACAGAAAGAGUUUA